UAAACAAAAUGCGGAGGAGCGUGUGACUGAAGGCGCCUCGGGCGGGUGUGUGCGGGCUGGUUUAAAAACGCCUAUUUUGGUCAGUCCAGGAGGAGCGACCCACCGCGCCGAGAAUCACACGCUCAGUGUUCGCGGCGAUGGCCACGGAUGGGCCGGUCAGCUCUGCUUAAUGCGUCCGAUAUAGUGAACUGCUGCAAUCCAAACACGUGUUGACUCCGAUUAGGCUUAUAUAUGAACUUUUAGGUGAAAUUUUAGGACGAGACGUCGAGUAUGAAAUGAGCAUAAGGACGAGCUUGUUGGAGCGCUGCUCUCCAGGCACCGGCUGCCUCGUCCAGGAUUCACGCACUAAGAAAGGAAGAUAUGCUGGAGUAACACGAAUGUUGUAACUUGCCUUCUCAGGAAGGACCGCGCAGAGCAAAAUCGCUUUGAAAUAACGGUGUAUUUUUUUCGUUGAUUUAACUUUUUGCUCUACAUGGAAUACCCUAAAUCAACCUCCCAUUUUGUACAUUUUCAUUAACAACAUUGACCAUGGGAGAUUUUUAUUUGAAGAUGGUGCUUUUACUUUGGUGUCAGCUUGUGGUGGCGGACUCCAGCCUGGAGAUGUAUGACAUAGAGCUUGGCAGGCAGGCAAAAUGUGAGCCCAUUGUCAUUCCCAUGUGUAAGGGCAUUGGGUACAACAUGACUAGGAUGCCCAAUUUCAUGGGGCAUGAGGAUCAGAUGGAGGCAGGCAUCAAGCUCAACGAGUUUGCCCCUCUGGUUGCAUAUGGCUGUGAGCCGCACCUGGGCUUCUUCCUCUGCUCACUCUAUGCCCCCAUGUGCACAGACAAAGUGUCCACCUCCAUCCCUGCCUGCCGGCCCAUGUGUGAGCAGGCCCGUGAGAAGUGCUCUCCCAUCAUGGAGAAAUUCAGCUUCUCUUGGCCCGACUCACUGAACUGCUCCAGGCUGCCAACCAAGAACGACCCCAACGCAUUGUGCAUGGAGGCCCCAGAAAACGGUACCAAGGUUGAGACCAAGAAAGGCGAAGGGAUGCUUCCUGUACCCCCCAGGCCCCGACAGGCUGUCACUGGAAAGCUGAACCCCCCCGGCAGCCUGGGGUCCUGCGAGAACCCAGAAAAGUUCCAGUACGUGGAGAAGAGCCGGUCCUGUGCUCCACGCUGCUCCUCUGCGGUGGAUGUCUUCUGGUCCAGAGAGGACAAGGAUUUUGCAUUCAUCUGGAUGACCGUGUGGUCCACCCUGUGCUUCAUCUCCACUGCCUUCACGGUGCUGACUUUCCUCCUGGACCCACCCCGAUUUCAGUAUCCCGAGAGGCCGAUCAUCUUCUUGUCCAUGUGCUACAAUGUCUACUCCGUGGCCUUCAUCAUCCGAUCGGUGUCUGGCGCAGAGAACAUCGCCUGCGACCGGGAAAAUGGUGAGCUGUACAUUAUUCAGGAAGGGCUGGAGAGCACAGGCUGCACCAUCGUCUUUCUCAUCCUCUACUACUUUGGCAUGGCCAGCUCCAUCUGGUGGGUGGUGCUCACGCUGACGUGGUUCCUGGCAGCCAGCAAGAAGUGGGGUCACGAGGCCAUCGAAGCUCACAGCAGCUAUUACCACAUGGCCGCCUGGGGCAUCCCAGCCAUGAAGACCAUCAUCAUCCUCACCAUGAGGAAGGUGGCCGGCGACGAGCUGACGGGAUUGUGCUACGUCGGCAGCAUGGACGUCAAUGCCCUCACGGGCUUCGUCCUCAUCCCGCUGGUCUGCUAUCUCACCGUCGGUACCUCUUUUAUCCUGACUGGCUUCGUGGCCCUCUUCCACAUCCGGAAGAUCAUGAAGACGGAGGGGACCAACACCGAGAAGCUGGAGAAGCUCAUGGUGAAGAUCGGCGUCUACUCCGUCCUGUACACCGUGCCGGCCACCUGCGUCAUCAUCUGCUACUUCUACGAGAGGCUCAACAUGGAGCACUGGAAGCUCAGGGGACUUUCCAGCAAGUGUUUCCGUUCCCGAGGUCACAGGAGCGAGGACUGCUCCCUCGGGGCCUCGCUGCCCGCAGUGACGGUGUUCAUGCUCAAAAUAUUCAUGUCCCUGGUUGUGGGCAUCACCAGCGGGGUGUGGGUUUGGAGCUCCAAGACGCUGCAGGCCUGGCAGAGCCUGUGCAGCAGGAAGAUGGAGGCGAGAACUCACCGGAAGCCCUGCGGUGGGGUCAGCUGCAGCAGCAUGCAUUGCCACUACAAAGGACCUGCAGUGCUGCUCCCCGUAAGCAAGGCGGAGCCGUACUCAGACUGCCCUGCGCACGUGUGAUUGGUCAAGGAGCCCCUGGCUGGUGGACUGUGUUUAUCUUCAAGGAGACUUGACUUACCACGGGGCUGGACUAAAUCUGACAUAGCUGUACAUGGAACUUACCGGACUUCCUGCUUUGUUUACUGCUGACGUCAAAAUGACUCAUUUAUUAUAAUCCAAAAUAGAAACAAUAUAGACAAAUGUACAAUAUUUCUCUCAAGUCGAAAGUACAGAUAUUAGUGGUUUGUGAAAGACACCGUGCUUGUUUGCAGUUGGACACAAGAAAUUGGAUUUCAAAAGAAUAAACUUAACAUUCUGCCGAAAUUGUAGAAAAAGAACACGUAUAAAUGUUAAAAAUUUACAUUUUAUUUAUUCUGUAUUUAAUUUGUCUGCCGUUUGUAUGUAUUGUGUAUAUACACUUCUUGUAAAACCUUAAUUUUGAAACCUACAGCGAAAAUAAGUGCCUUAAUAAAAAUUUUAUAUUUUUGAAA